ACUGCCGUCGACUGGCUGACCCUCGCCGCCAAGCAGGGCCGGCGCGAGGCCGUCAAGCUUCUCCGCCGGUGCCUGGCGGACAGAAAAGGUGGGUCAAGAGGCCUGGGGGGGAUGCAUGAGGUAUGCCGUGCUGCUUUGCUAAAUUAACAGCUAAAAUAGCAACAGGAAAACUUGGUGCUGGCAGUGCCGUUGAGCAAUGAGUGUGGUUUCUGUUAUGCCAGUGGCUUUGCCAUUUAGACAUUUUUGGAGUAUAACAUGGGAUAUUUAGGGAGUGAAGCCAUUUUCAUCCUCUUUAACUUGUGGUGGUGUCUACAAGGAGAUACCCUCUGGGUUCUACUCCAAAUUGAGGAGUGGAUCCUGGAGCCAAGUUGGAGAACAUGACGGGGGCCUGAGGUCAGAGUGGCACUUUCUGAACUGACUUUCCAUCCAGUCUGAGCCGAGAAGCUGGGGACCGUGGGCCAGUGAAGACCCACUCAGGCUGGCACUCACCGCCAGGACCGGUCUGAGUGUUGGGGGGGGCAGUGAUGUGUAGCCUGGCCACGUGUGGACACUUACUAGGUUAUCCUGCCCAAGGGAAAUGGCUCGUUCCUGGUGUCAGGGAAGAGUGUUUCCUGAAGGUUCAAACCUCAGAAGAAAGAUGAAAGUGUGCGUCAGAAAGGGGCCUUUUUUCCCUCAGAUUGUAGAAGUGUUUAUUGUUAUCAAAGAAAACUUGAACUGUAUAGAAAACAUAAAGAUAGAAAUUACCCAUCACGUUGAAACCCAGAGAGAAGUGCUCUGUAGUUUGGUAUUUUUUUCUUCUGGUUUUGCAUUGUAAUGUUUUAAAGUAACAUUUAUUAUAUAGAAUCUACUCUCUCUGGACCUUAGGCUGAUGCCUUUGACAACUUGGAAUGGUCAUAUUUUGCUAGCCACAAUUUCUCACCAAGCCAGCUUCCCCGUUCCAGGGCAGGCAGGAUGGCCUCGCACUGGCUGAUCGAGUCGGUGCGGCCCGCACAGCUCACUGUUGGAGCCAGUGGUUCCCAGAGGCCUUGAGGGAGCCAAUGCAGGCCCCAGGACCAGAGGGCGUGUGAGGGAGGGGGCCAGGCCUCGUGCGACCCACACCCUCCACGUUCUCACAGUUGAGUGCUUACCGAUCAUAAAGGAGACGGCUUGGUGGAAAGUUGCGGAGAUGUUUCAAAGGAGAAAGAACCCAAUCCUCCAUCCCUAGUCUCGCUGCCCUCUGGAAGGGCCAUGCUGACGUCCAGGUGGCUGGGGAGCAGAGCGAAAGGCAGCUCCUGACAGCCCAUGAGACCUGCUCCCGGUCUCUCCGUGGGCAUCACCUCCGAGAACGAGCAGGAGGUGAGGCAACUUUCCUCCGAGACCGACCUGGAGCGGGCCGUGCGCAAGGCGGCCCUCGUCAUGUACUGGAAGCUCAACCCCAAGAAGAAGAAGCAGGUGGCCGUGUCGGAGCUGCUGGAGAACGUGGGCCAGGUCAACGAGCACGACGGAGGGGUGCAGCCUGGCCCCGUCCCCAAGUCGCUGCAGAAGCAGAGGCGGGUGCUAGAGCGCUUGGUCAGCAGCGAAUCCAAGCGCUACAUAGCGCUGGACGACUUCGUGGAGAUCACCAAGAAGUACGCCAAGGGCGUCAUCCCUGCCGACCUGUUCCUGCAGGACGACGACGAUGACGAGCUGGCAGGCAAGAGCCCCGAGGACCUGCCCCUGCGCCUGAAGGUGGUCAGAUACCCGCUGCACGUCAUCAUGGAGCUGAAAGAGUACCUGAUUGAUGUGGCGUCCCGGGCGGGCGUGCACUGGCUGUCCACCCUCGUGCCUACCCACCACAUCAACGCCCUGGUCUUCUUCUUCAUCGUCAGCAACCUCACCAUCGACUUCUUCGCCUUCUUCGUGCCCCUGGUCGUCUUCUACCUGUCCUUCAUCUCCAUGGUCAUCUGCACCCUCAAGGUUUUCCAGGAUAGCAAGGCCUGGGAGAGUUUCCGUGCCCUCACUAGCCUGCUCCUGCGAUUCGAGCCCAACCUGGACGUGGAGCAGGCCGAGGGGAACUUCGGCUGGAACCACCUGGAGCCCUACGUCCACUUCCUGCUGUCUGUCUUCUUCGUCAUCUUCUCCUUCCCCAUCGCCAGCAAGGACUGCAUCCCCUGCUCGGAGCUGGCCGUCGUGUCUGUCUUCUUCACGGUCACCAGCUACAUGAGCCUGAGCACCUCGGCCGAGCCCUACACCAGGAGGGCCCUGGUGACCGAGGUGGCGGCCGGCCUGCUCUCCCUUCUGCCCACCGUGCCCGUCGACUGGCGCUACCUGAAGCUCCUGGGCCAGACCUUCUUCACAGUGCCCGUCGGCCACUUCAUCGUCCUGAACAUCAGCUUCCCCUGCCUGCUCUAUGUAUACCUGCUGUACCUCUUCUUCCGCAUGGCCCAGCUGAGGAACUUCAAGGGCACCUACUGCUACCUGGUCCCCUACCUGGUCUGCUUCAUGUGGUGCGAGCUCUCCGUGGUCAUCCUGCUCGAGUCCACCGGCCUGGGGCUGGUGCGUGCAUCCAUCGGCUACUUCCUCUUCCUCUUCGCUCUCCCCAUCCUGGCGGCCGGCCUGGCGCUGAUGGCUGUGGUGCGGUUGGCCCACUGGUUCUUGUCCCUGGAGCUCACCAAGAUUGCGGUCACCGUGGUGGUCUGCAGCAUCCCCCUGCUGGUCCGCUGGUGGACCAAGGCCAACUUCUCCGUGGUGGAGAUGGUCAAGUCCCUGACACGGAGCUCCAUCGUCAAGCUUAUCCUGGUGUGGAUCACGGCCAUCGUGCUCUUCUGCUGGUUCUACGUGUACCGCUCGGAGGGCAUGAAGGUCUACAACUCCACGCUGACCUGGCAGCAGUACGGCUUCCUGUGCGGGCCGAGGGCCUGGAAGGAGACCAACAUGGCCCGCACCCAGAUCCUGUGCAGCCACCUGGAGGGCCACAGGGUCACGUGGACCGGCCGCUUCAAGUAUGUCCGCGUCACGGAGAUCGACAACAGCGCCGAGUCGGCCAUCAACAUGCUCCCGCUCUUCAUCGGCGACUGGGUGCGCUGCCUCUACGGUGAGGCCUACCCGUCCUGCAGCUCGGGCAACGUCUCCACGGCCGAGGAGGAGCUCUGCCGCCUCAAGCUCCUGGCCAAGCACCCCUGCCACAUCAAGAAGUUCGACCGGCACAAGUUCGAGCUCACCGUGGGCAUGCCCUACAGUGGCGCCAACGGCACCCGCGGCCCCGAGGAGGACGACGUCACCAAGGACAUCGUGCUGCGGGCCAGCAGCGAGUUCAAGGACGUGCUGCUCCACCUGCGCCAGGGCAGCGUCAUCGAGUUCAGCACCGUCCUCGAGGGCCGCCUGGGCAGCAAGUGGCCCGUCUUCGAGCUCAAGGCCAUCAGCUGCCUCAACUGCAUGGCGCAGCUCUCACCAGCCAGGCGGCACGUGAAGGUUGAGCGGGACUGGCGCAGCACCGUGCACGGCGCCGUGAAGUUCGCCUUCGACUUCUUCUUCUUCCCCUUCCUGUCGGUGGCUUGAGGACGCGUCCUGUUGCAGGAGUGCCGGUGCAUGUGGCUGCCAGGACCUCCCCCCACGGCCUCCCGGCUGAACGGCGCAACACUAACCACUGUGCGUGUGUGUGUGUGUGUGUGUGUGUGUGUGUGUCCACACGCAUGCGCAAACGCAGGGCUUUGGAGACCAUUUGUCACGUGUAGUCUGCUCACACCUCUGUGAACGGGCUGACUCCUUUAGCUCUGUCCACUUCGACUGCCCAGUGUGGUUGGAAAUGGCAUGCACAUCCUCGACCCGCAGUCCCGACCUCUCCGUGAGCAGCUGGUGUGCCAGGCUAGACUAGGAUUCCUGUGCCCGAAAAACACUUUACAGAUGCUGCCCUCCCUGCCCUACCACCUCCACGCACGCCCCGGCCCCUCAUUUACUUCCGUUUGGGUUUGUUAUUUGAAGAACCAAUAGUGCUGCUCUGUAAACUCAACGAUAGCUUUUCUUAUUUAUUUGGUCACUGCUAAGCCUUGACAGCUGUUUGCUGAUCCUGGGGCCCUGCAGAGCCGCUCUGUCAUAUGACCAAGGCCCUGCCUGAUUCUGAGAUCGGAGACCACACGGGCAGAAGCCCCGAGCUCUGCAUCCUGCAGCCUGCCCGCCUCGCAGCUCUCCUGUCUGGUGGGUAAUGGGUGAGUUUGCGAGGGUCUUGCCUGAAUCCACCGGGACUAGGAAAUAGAAGGAACCCGGGGCGUCCCCUCCCAGUGCUGAGAAAUGCUAGGCCAUGUUCAGAACCAGAAAGCAGAAAGUCAAGGUCCUAAAGCAGCCGAAAUAAAAACCUUUGAUGAAA